UGGGAGAGCAGAGCAACAAACGCAGCAAUACCGCAAGGCUAUGACAUGACUAUGAGGAAUUUAGACUCGUCACUAGGAAUGAUCAAUUUGUUUGUUUUUUGACACUGGCAUUCACUGUAAUAUAGUUCAAAAAAUAAAAUGUGAAGGUUUGGACUGGAGUUUACAAACUAUAAACGGGUCGGUGGCAGCUCCGCAUGACGUCAGAGGCGCUGGUGUGCUGAACAGUUCUCAGAAUAUAAUUCUUGGAAUUGGCGAAUUUUAAAAGCCAAACCCACAGUCUUUCCUUCACACGCUUAGAACCCAUUCUAGUGGCAACACUCAGCGCACUGCUGCUCUGUAUUCUAUUUGUCUAAAUUAUACAUUUAUUAUAUUGCUUUUGAAUUAGUUAAUUACAGACCGUCUAUUAACAUAUGGGAUAUUCGGACACAACUUCUCUAUUCACUGAACAGAUGCGUGGGACAUUCAGAACAAAAUAAACAUAUUCCUUUGUUUCGACCGGCUUUAUUUUCGUAAACCCGCUGUGGAAUUAGACUAGUAUGGGAUAUUGAAGACUCACCAUCAUGAUUCUUUGUGUUCAGAGCCCUAGACCACUGCUGUCUGGUACACCCACAGAGGACCACCUAGGAAUGCGGACAGGGAGCGUCUCCUCCCCUCACUGCAUUCACAGCACCUCUCCGCAGUGGGACCCCACAAAAGACCUGCGCACAAUCGCCAACAACACAUUCUACCUUGAUACCUCAGGCUGGUACUGGGGAGCCAUCACAGCAGGUCAGGCCCAUGAAGCUCUGCAGGCAGCGUCAGAAGGGGCCUUUCUGAUUCGAGACAGCAGCCAUCCCCUGUACAUGCUGACCCUGUCUGUUAGGACUGCCCGUGGCCCCACCAGUAUACGCAUCCAGUACAGUGGAGCCCGGUUUCUGCUAGACUCCAGCUCGCCAGCCCGACCCAGCCUUCUGUCCUUCCCUGAUGUGCCGAGCAUGGUGCAGUACUAUGUGGGACCAGGGAGGAAGGUGCAGCAGGGGAAGGUGGAGGAAACUCAUGGUGGCAAGCCUGCCCAGAGGACAGUUCAGGAGAGCACAGUACUGCUGAAGCUCAAGCGGGCCCUGCACAAGCCCCAGGCCUUCCCCUCCCUACAGCACCUUGCACGCCUCACCAUCAACUGCAGCACAGACUGUCCUGACCAACUGCCUCUGCCACGCCCACUGGUGCGCUUCCUGCAGGACUACCCGUUCCAGGUAUGAGGGUCCUGUGAUCUGCACCCCUGUGGAGGGCAGAGCUGAAUUAAACAAAACCGUUCAACUAAAUCUCGAGGAGCGCUGUCAGAAAUUGGUCCCUGGCAGCUGGAAACCACAUCACUGCACCGGUCAGUAAUAAUGCCACAUCGGACACAUGGUUGGUCAUGAGACCAUGUCUGGGAUAGAACCUUUCAGAAAAUGGUUUCUCGUUUUUGUAUUUCUCAGAGGGGGAAGUGGAGUUCUGCGAACCCCGCUGCAUGAGAUUCACUGGGAAACAAAACGUGGUGCGAACUGUAGUGUGGCCCCGUGCUAUGAGGGAUAUGCUCCCCGCCCUCUUGCUGUGGCAGUGGAUUGUUUUCCAGUGAGAUGCAUUUUCAAUGUUUUAUUUUGGUCAUUUUUUACCCCCCUGACUCUGUACAUAUCCCUUUUUCUAUAAAAAAUAAUCUUCAACAUGA